AACAAUCCCAAAUCCGAAUCAGAUUCCAAAAGUGCUAACCAAACGGUACCUUUCUGUUAUUUCUCUCUGCUUACAUUGGAAAGAAGGACUGGAAUGUUCUAAAGUAUUAGUUACGCCUCUGAAAUUUGUUUUCUGUUUAAGGAAGCGGGUCAACGGCCGCCGUCUCCGUCGCGUUUUAUCUUUCAGCAGGGGACGGUCGAAGCCGAGCCAUUAAUAUCGCCUUUCCGACUUUCCUCAUCUCCACCCCAAUUUAGGUUAUGGGCUUUAGGUUAAUGAGGAGUUGGGUAGAAUUACAGGAUGUGGUCGCUGACUUUGAUCCUCAAUUGUGUACCAUUCAAUCCGACUAUUAGUUGCUGUUUGAAUUGGUGGUUUAUGGUUUUUGAUGGCAAGUGAUAUUGGGAAAUCUGCUACUGCUACUAUGCCUGCUGGGACCGAGAACCUUUCUUCUUCAGGAACUGGUGAUGGGGAUGCUAGUGAUUUUGAAUGCAACAUUUGCUUUGAUAUAGCUCAGGAUCCCAUCGUCACCCUUUGCGGUCACUUGUACUGUUGGCCUUGUCUCUUUAGAUGGUUGCGCCACCACUCGCACUCACAUGAGUGCCCUGUUUGUAAGGCCCUGAUACAGGAGGAGAAGUUAGUUCCUCUGUACGGGCGAGGAAGGACUGCGACUGAUCCUAGGUCAAAACCUGUCCCUGGUGUAGAAAUUCCUGAUCGACCUGCAGGGCAGAGACCCCAGACAGCUCCUCCUCCUCAUCCUCAUCCCGAUUCAGCUAACUUUCCGAAUUUUGGUUUGGGGCUUGCUGGAGGAUUUCUACCGGUGAUGACUGCAGGGUUUGGUAACUUUUCCAUGUUGGCUGGUUUUGGUGGGAUUUUGCCGUCGAUGUUCAGCUUUCAGAUUCACGGAUUUCCAACCGCACCUGUAUAUGGCACGGGUUCAGGAUAUCCACAUACUUAUCCUGGCGGUUAUUAUCAUGGUGCUAAUGUUCCCAGAGCUCCAAUGACUCCUCAAGGUUCACAGGCUGAAGAUAACAAGCUACUGAUCCUUCUCCUUAUAAUUCUCAGUCUGGUUGUUCUUUCCUUCAUAUGGUGAUGAGUGAUAAAUACGCAUUAUAGUUUUCAGUCUUACCAUUUUGUAAAUGUUGCGAGGCUUUGCCAGCCCUGCAUGCUGACUGUUAAAUUUGAAUCUUGAUAACAUCUCUGUCCCUUUUUUGCAUUCUUGGUGAGGUUCACAUUUGGCAUAUAACGCUCUUCUCUAAACGAAGUUCAACCUUCUGAGUUCAUGUUUACUACCUAUUCAAUGGAAAAUAGAGGGAGGAGCUGUGGAGCGGUAAUAGUUAAAUCACAGUGAAAGGACGCAGCUGCCAGUGCCAGGAGAUGAUUUGCCUUGCUCGAGUUGAGUUGGAGAUCUCCCGUCUGUACACUGCUCUUUUCCUCUUUGGCACAUAGAUGUGGUAACACGUUUUUCUGAUGCUGUGAUGCAAUCGGUACUUUGUUGGAAUGGGGAAGCAUUCGCAGCGAUGCAGUACGCAUUUUUGCGUCGUGUGAACUGUGGAUAUUAAAGACGAAGUACAAAGUCAGGACAUUGCGAAAUGGAGAAGGAAAUUCUGUUGAAAGUCAGGAGGACUUUUCUACAAUUAUAUGUAAUGACAAAGUUCUAAUGGUAA